AUGGCUCAAGGCCAGCUCGCAUCACUACCGCCGUUGGCAAAUGGGACUUUUUCGGGUCUUUCAAGAGAUGAGCUACACCAGAUACAACAGUACGAGAGAAUCGUGCAGUUUCGCGAUGCCAUUCUUGCUGGCUCGCAUUCCAAGAUCAAAGUGCCAGCCCAGUUGGCGAGCCAAACAUCGACUCCUGCCAUAGCAUCUUCAUCAAACCCUUCUACACCAGCAAAAGAGACGAAUGGAAGCACAGCGCAGGUUUAUCAAGCUGGGAAUCUGCAGUCGUUCGCGACCAACACGCCACAAGCUUCUCUUCCUGGUUUAGGAAACCCGCCCCCUGCUAAUGCGAACCUGCCUGCAAGACCGUUCGUUGGCUCUGGCAAAACCGAGAUCAAUCCUAUUUUUCUUCAAAAGUCUGAUGAUCUCAUCAAGGCCGAGAUACAGCUCCAGAGGCAACGCCUUGAACGGGCACUUCGCGACGAGGUCGAUCAACGUCGGGCUUCUAUGAAGGCCUCGGCGCAGUCGGAGCCUCUGGCCGACUUUGACCUCUCCGACGUCCUGUCCAAGGCUCUGACUCUGGUCCAAGCUGCUGCUCCUUCGUCUGUCAAUGCUACACUGGCUGCUGCUAACAUUUCAGCUGCAAGUGACUCCGUUGAUGAGAACUCUUACUAUUCUUCCCAAGUCAAUUCGCCAGAUUCCUCACACCGCAGUUCACGCGGCGGUAACGAUGCCGAAGUCACGGCACAAACACAGAAGGCUUCCACCACAGGCCAGCCAUUCGAAGAUCAGGCGCAAGUACAAGCAAAGCAGAAGACCCAAGCUGGCCUGCAGUCCUCAAGACUCCAUGCCUCUGCUACUCAUCAGCCACAGGGCCAAGCCUUGAGCUCCAAUCCCUCCCAGUCGCGACCAGUUCCAAGCAGACCCGAUGCCGCACCCGAAUUUUCGCGAUACCCGUCGGUAGGAACGACGCAAAGAAUGGAUAUGGGUGAUAAUACGGGGUUGUCUACAUCAGGAGGUGGGAGCGGAAACACCAGUCGUUCUGAGGAGUCAGGCGUUAUGGACCUUGACGACAGUGCUGAUAGAUCUGUCCCUGCCGCAGGUCAACAGCAACUUAGGGAGUCUAUGCUCGCUCGCCAACCCUCGCCUUUGAUACAGGUUCGCGCCCACAACAUAUCCCCCUUAGCGCCCCAGCCCUCCCAUGUCUCGCCUCUUGCAAUGGCCAGAGGUCAAGCAGCGGAUGCUCAAGACUUGACCAUCCCUCAAGGAACCACAGCUCAAGUUGCAGCACUACGCAAUGAGCCCAAUAUUAUUUCCAGUCCAGAUAGCUCGCCGCAAGGGGGUAGAAGCGGGGAGAAGCGGAAGGGGAAGAAGAAGAAGAACGGCAAGAGGGCAGCCAGGCAAGCGCCAGACGAGCCUUACAUCAAGCCAGAACCGCGAUCGCCGUCUCCGAUGAAUGCGCCGUCUUUCAUUCGGCCACAGAAGCGCCAAAGAAGACAGGGUGACGAGGAGCCUCGUUACACCCAGCCUGAGCGUCAAUUUUCUCGAUCAUACAGAGAGGAAGGUGCUGCGCCCAUGUACGAUACGCAAGAGUACCGUCCACGGCCAGCGAGCCAAGCCGCGGCGAUUGGUGACUAUGGGUAUGGAAGAGAGUACAUUGAGGAGCCCCGCGUUAUCAGCGGCGCCGAGUAUGUGCGGCAUGUGCCGUCGCCUGGUGUCUAUGCUGUUCAUGCUACGCCAAGUGAGGUGUACGCAACAUCUCCAGCUAGUGUCGACCGCUACGGUAGGGAACCUGCACGAUACUAUCGUGAUGGUUACGAAGUGACGCGCAUAAGCACUCGUCCCAUGACAGAUCGCGCAAGAUCUCGCUCACCCAUCAUGAGAGAGAGGGCAUCCCCGCUAAUGGGACCACCCAAAGCGCAGUCCGGUAGGGUUGUGGUAGACCCCGCUACUGGCCGUCGAUACUACGAACCAUCGACUGUUGUCCGUCAGUCUGUUGCGCCCUCACCACUGCGACCUGGCGAGCCGGAGGUCAUUUACGAAAGAGCACCCAUUCGAGCAGAGUCUAGGCGACCAGGCCCACCCCCUCGAGACGACGACGUCCUCUACCAGCGGACCUCGCCAGUGUACGCAGCACCGAGGAGAGUCGUCACACAACCCGAGUACGUUGCAGACCCUCAACGAAUCUACAGACAGCGAGAGUAUUCUACGAGGCCAAUGGCACCCCCGGGCCAAGAAUUCAUCCCUGCCAGAGGUGAUAUGGAACAGCGGAGGAUUAUUGAGGAGGCUCCAAGAGAGUAUAUGAUGCGGGCGACAACAGCCCGCCCUGCGGAGACGGCGGUACGCUAUGAGCUUCCGCGAGAGUACGGAAGAGUUCAAAGUGUGAGGCCGGAGCAGAUUCCCAUCCAGGACUACGCUUCGACACCCAUGCACCCCGACCCCCGUCGGGAGAUGAUUCACCCUGGACCUCGGUCCUACAGCGUGCGGCCUGCCGAGCCUCAGGUGCUGCGGCGGGAGUAUAGUGCCAGGCCGGUGGAGCAGCAGCCUUACUACGGACAGCCGGUCCCCGCACGGGGCGAGCCGGAAGUGUCAUACAUUGAUCGGCCCGUGUACUACACCGACGAGGCUCCUCGCCCAGUCUAUCGAUGA